AUGGCUGGAAAUCACGGAAUGCAGCAGCUAAUUCCUGUUGUAAACAAAUUGCAAGAUGCAUUUGUGCAAAUGGGCGUGCACAUGUCUUUAGAUCUUCCCCAAAUUGCAGUUGUGGGUGGUCAAUCAGCAGGAAAGAGUUCAGUGUUAGAAAAUUUUGUAGGCAGAGACUUCUUACCCAGAGGUUCUGGAAUAGUCACUCGUCGACCCCUGAUAUUGCAGCUCAUACAUGGAAAUGCAGAAUACGCCGAGUUUCUUCAUUGCAAAGGCAAGAAAUUCGUCGAUUUUAAUGAGGUCCGGGCAGAGAUUGAAGGAGAAACCGAUCGUAUUACCGGUUCCAAUAAGGGAAUAUCGCCCGUGCCGAUUAAUCUCCGCGUCUAUUCUCCAAAUGUGCUUAACUUGACCCUGAUCGACUUGCCGGGUCUUACAAAAGUACCCAUCGGUGACCAGCCGCCUGAUAUCGAGCAGCAGAUCAAAGGAAUGAUUUUCCAGUUUAUAAGGCGCGAGUCGUGCCUCAUCCUUGCCGUCACCCCAGCAAAUACUGAUUUAGCUAACAGUGAUGCCUUGAAACUUGCAAAAGAAGUCGACCCACAAGGUCUCCGAACAAUUGGUGUGAUAACAAAGUUAGACUUGAUGGAUGAAGGUACAGAUGCUCGUGAUGUAUUGGAAAAUAAACUGUUGCCGCUACGACGCGGAUACAUAGGUGUCGUCAACCGAUCACAGAAGGAUAUCGAUGGACGCAAGGACAUUACUGCUGCACUCGCAGCUGAGAGAAAAUUUUUCCUCAGCCACCCCUCUUACCGACACUUGGCAGAACGACUUGGAACGCCCUACCUCCAGCGGGUCUUAAACCAACAAUUGACAAAUCACAUCCGGGACACACUGCCAGGUCUCCGCGAUAAACUGCAGAAGCAAUUGCUUGCUCUCGAGAAAGAUGUCGACCAGUACAAACACUUCAGGCCAGAUGACCCUUCUAUUAAGACAAAGGCUAUGUUACAAAUGAUACAAACUCUUCAAACAGAUUUCGAACGCACAAUCGAAGGUUCUGGUUCAGCACAAAUCAAUACUAACGAAUUAUCCGGCGGUGCCAAAAUCAACAGAUUGUUCCACGAAAGGUUCCCCUUCGAGAUCGUUAAAAUGGAGUUUGAUGAAAAGGAACUCCGCAGAGAGAUAGCGUUCGCUAUUAGAAAUAUCCACGGUAUUAGGGUGGGCUUAUUUACACCGGACAUGGCAUUCGAGGCCAUCGUAAAGAAGCAGAUUUCUCGGCUAAAGGAGCCGAGUCUGAAAUGUGUUGACCUGGUCGUGCAGGAGUUGUCCAAUGUCGUCCGUAUAUGCACUGAAAGGAUGUCACGAUACCCCAGAUUGCGCGAAGAGACAGAACGCAUUAUCAUGUCUCACGUUCGUUCCCGGGAACAGAUGUGUAAAGAUCAAUUGAUACUGCUUAUCGACUGCGAACUUGCUUACAUGAAUACGAAUCACGAGGAUUUCAUCGGUUUUGCCAACGAAUCAUUUUCUUCCAGUGCUCAGAAUCAGUCAGAGAAUUCUACAAAGUCCGGACAUAGGGCACUAGGAAACCAGGUUAUCAGAAAAGGAUACAUGUGCAUACAUAACUUGGGUAUAAUGAAAGGUGGUUCCCGAGAUUACUGGUUUGUCCUGACAUCUGAGAGCAUUUCUUGGUACAAAGAUGAGGAAGAACGGGAAAAGAAAUAUAUGCUCCCAUUGGAUGGACUUAAGUUGCGUGACCUCGAGCAAGGAUUUAUGUCACGCCGACAUAUGUUCGCGCUAUUCAAUCCUGAAGGCAGGAACGUGUACAAAGAUUACAAGCAGUUGGAGUUGUCCUGUGAAAACCAAGAUGACGUCGAUUCUUGGAAGGCGUCAUUUCUACGCGCUGGAGUGUAUCCGGAGAAGACCUCGGAGGCUGCCAAUGGUGAUGAUAGUUCGGACAAUACAGGCACAAGCAGUAUGGACCCGCAGCUAGAGAGGCAGGUAGAGACAAUCCGAAACCUCGUGGACUCGUACAUGCGCAUUGUGACCAAGACCACACGCGACCUCGUGCCCAAGACUAUUAUGAUGAUGAUCAUUAAUAAUGCCAAAGAUUUUAUCAACGGGGAGUUACUUGCGCAUCUUUAUGCUUCUGGUGAUCAGUCUCAAAUGAUGGAAGAGUCUCCUGAAGAAGCGCUGAAGCGAGAAGAGAUGUUGCGCAUGUACCACGCUUGUAAAGAGGCCCUGCACAUUAUCGGCGAUGUGUCUAUGGCCACGGUGAGCACGCCCGUUCCGCCACCCGUUAAGAACGAUUGGCUCGAGAGUCGCCUCGACUCUAACCCACGCCUUAGCCCGCCCUCGCCCGGAGGACCCAGGAGGGCUACACCAGUGCAGCAAGGUUCGAUGGGAAGUCGCGGCGCCCCUCCCCCGCCGGGCGGAGCGAAUCGUCCGGCGCCGCCGCUGCCGUCGCGUCCCGGCGGCGCCGCCCCGCCCCCGCCCUCGGGCCGCCCCGCGCCACAGCCUGGCUUGCCUGCGCCACUCAUACCCACGAGGCCGGUUGGAGGCAGCGGGCCGAUGCUAGCGUCCGCCAUGAACCAGAUGCCACCGCACAUGCGCCAGCAGGUCAACCAGGCGGUGGGACAGGCCGUCACCAAUGCCGCCAUCAACGAACUCAGCUCCGCAUUUGCACGAUUCAAUCGUCCGGGCUCCAACAUGCCGCCGAAGUUGCCUGAGCGACCGCAGAACGGACGGCCAUUUUGA